GUUUAAUCCAUAUAGAGCAUAGGAAUCUGAUCUGAUGAACAAAACAAGAAUAGUAUUUAUACAAGGGAGUAAGUUUUCAAGAAAUACUUAGAUCUAUUUUAUAAAUAUUAAUAUGGCAAUUGUGCCAUAUAUAUUGCUGCUAUUAUGGUGUGUAAUAACUCCUGCUGUGGCACAAAAUGACGCAACUGAAGCAGAAAGUGUGGUAACUAAUGAAGCCCAAGCAGCGAGCUAUUUGAUGCAAUUUGGCUAUAUUGCACCUAUGAUGAGAUCUUCUUCUGGUAGUUUACAUGAUGCCGUAGUUGACUACAAAGAGGCUAUCAAGUCAUUCCAAAGAUAUGCCUAUAUACCCCAAACAGGUGAGAUAGAUGCUGCUACCAUUAGAAUGAUGAACCAGCCCAGGUGUGGUGAUACUGAUAAAGAUCCUGCUACUGGGAGAACGAAGAGAUAUAAAACAUUUGGUAAAUGGCCAAACAAUAGGAUUACGUACAAGAUAUUGAAUUACACUCCUGAUUUAUCCAGGGCUCAGGUUGAACGGGACUUUACUAAUGCAUUUAAGAUCUGGUCAGAUGUUACAAAUCUAAGUUUCCACCGUGUCUACACAGAUGAUGCAACACUUACAAUUAAGUUUGGAUCAUAUGACCAUGGUGAUGGGUCACCAUUUGAUGGCCGAGGACAAGUACUGGCUCAUGCUGCACUACCUCAAGGUGGAUAUAUACAUUUUGAUGAGAGUGAAUCUUGGACUGCAAACACUGCACAAGGUACAAAUCUCCUGUGGGUGGCAGUCCAUGAGUUUGGACAUGCAAUAGGCCUGAGACAUAGUGAUGAGAGAGAUGCUGUUAUGUAUGCAUACUAUCAAGGCUACAAACCGAACUUGAGAUUACACACAGAUGAUAUACAAGGCAUUCAGAGUAUCUAUGGAGGUUUAGGUGUUCUGGGGUCUUGGACACAGUGGACUACUUGCUCAAAGUCUUGUGGCACAGGUGUUCAUUCAAGAACUAGAUCCUGUAGUUCUGCAAAAUGUGCAAGUCAUACAAGGGAAACUAGAAGCUGCAAUACACAAAGCUGCUCAGGAGGAGGAGGAGGAGGACUUGCAACAGAAACCCAUGUCCAAGUCAUACUAGAGAAACCAGGGAUUGUAAUACACAGCGUUGUCCAACUGGGGGAGGUGUUCUUGGUUCAUGGACAACUUGGGGAUCCUGCUCUAAGUCAUGUGGUAAAGGCUACCAUUCAAGAUCCAGGACUUGCAGCAGAAACCCAUGUCCAAGUCAUACAAGAGAAACCAGGGAUUGUAAUACACAGCGCUGCACAAGUGGGGGAGAUGGUUGGGGGCCAUGGAGUGCAUGGAGUACUUGCUCUAAAAGCUGUGGAGGGGGAAUGUGGGGAAGAUCUCGUGUCUGUCAUAGAGUCGGGAGAUGUCCUGGUGCAACUGGUCAAAAUAGAAGAUGUAACACUCAGCCAUGCAGCACUGGGGGAGGGGGUACAGGGGGAACUGGAGAGGAAUGGAGAAUGCACUAAAAGUGCAAACUACAUGAGAAAGUUCUGCAAGAAAUCAUGUGGUGUCUGUAGUGCCGGGGGAAAUAAUGGAGGUCAACCAUGCACUGAUAGUAACCAGCACUGUGCAUACUGGCAAAGGACAGGAGAAUGCAACAAGAACCCUCAAUACAUGCGGGUAAAUUGCAAAAAAUCUUGUGGAGUUUGUGGCGAAGCAAACAACCCAAUGGAGCAAGCAUGCACUGACAAUAACAGUAUGUGUAGUACUUGGUCAAGGCAAGGAGAAUGCGCUAAAAAUCCUAGAUGGAUGCUGGUCAACUGUAAAAGAUCAUGUAGAGUUUGUACUUAACAGUUGCUUUUAAAGGAAUCAUUGACUGAAGAACGUUUCACUCAACUGUGUGGAAUCAGAGUUUAAUGCCAUCAGCUACAGAAGUGCAUAAAAUAUUGACAAUUAUAGAGAAAUCACAACUCAAAUAUGAAGAUUAACAUUUACAUUAUUUACAAUUAAGAAUUGAUUUAGUACUACAUAACUUGUCAAAAUGAGAAGAGCUAUAAACUCUUAGAUUAGGAGAGACAAAAUCAUCUCCAAGAACUUGGACUUGACAUGAAAAUACAUAUUAUACAGAGUACUCCAUAAUGUGAUGGAUAUUAUUCUAUUUGGAAAUAAAAGUAAAUUGUAACUGAACACAAU